CCGUGCCGCUCCCGCCAUGAUCGCAUCGCACCUCCUCGCUUACUUCUUCACCGAGCUCAGCCAUGACCAGGCGCAGAAGGUCGACAAGUACCUGUACCACAUGCGGCUCUCUGACGAGACCCUGCUGGAGGUGUCCCAGCGUUUCGAGAAGGAGAUGGAGAAGGGGCUGGGAGCAGACACCAACCCCACCGCCUCCGUGAAGAUGCUGCCCACCUUCGUCAGGUCCACCCCGGACGGGACAGAGGAUGGGGACUUCCUGGCCCUGGACCUGGGUGGCACCAACUUCCGAGUGCUGCGGGUGAAGGUGUCGGACAACGGGCUGCGCAAGGUGGAGAUGGAGAACCAGAUCUACGCUAUCCCCGAGGAGCUCAUGCGCGGCAGCGGAGUGCAGCUUUUCGACCACAUUGCCGAGUGUUUGGCUAACUUCCUGGACAAGCUGCAAAUCAAAGACAAGAAGCUCCCCCUUGGCUUCACCUUCUCCUUCCCGUGCCACCAGACCAAGCUGGACGAGAGUAUCCUCGUGACAUGGACGAAGGGGUUCAAGUGCAGCAGCGUGGAGGGGAGGGACGUGGUGUCCCUGCUGCGCAAGUCCAUCAAGAAAAGAGGGGACUUCGACAUCGACAUUGUGGCCGUGGUGAAUGACACCGUGGGAACCAUGAUGACCUGUGGCUACGAUGACCACAACUGUGAAGUUGGCCUCAUUGUUGGAACUGGUACCAAUGCCUGCUACAUGGAGGAGAUGAGGCACAUCGACCUGGUGGAAGGGGACGAAGGCCGCAUGUGCAUCAACAUGGAGUGGGGGGCCUUUGGUGAUGACGGUGUGCUCAACGACAUCCGCACCGAGUUUGACCGUGAGAUCGACAUGGGCUCGCUCAACCCUGGCAAACAAUUGUUUGAGAAGAUGAUCAGUGGGAUGUACAUGGGGGAGCUGGUCAGGCUCAUCCUGGUGAAGAUGGCCAAGGAAGGGCUGUUGUUUGGGGGAAGGCUCACGCCGGAUCUGCUCACCACGGGCCACUUCGAGACCAGAUUCGUGUCCGCCAUUGAGAAGGAGAAGGAAGGGCUGCAGAAAGCUCAUGAGAUCCUGAGCAAGCUGGGCCUGGAGCCGUCGCACGAGGACUGCCUGGCCACGCUGCGCGUCUGCCAGAUCGUGUCGACGCGCUCGGCCAGCCUGUGCGGGGCCACGCUGGCCGCCGUGCUGCGCCGCAUCAAGGACAACAAGGGGGUGGAGAGGCUGCGCUCCACCGUGGGCGUGGACGGCUCCGUGUACAAGAAACACCCGCACUUUGCCCGUCGCAUGCACAAGACCGUGCGGCAGCUGCUGCCGGACUGCGAGAUCCGCUUCAUCCGCUCAGAGGACGGGAGCGGCAAAGGGGCGGCCAUGGUGACAGCCGUGGCCUACAGGCUGGCUGCACAGCACAAGGCCCGGCAGAAGAUCCUGGAGCCCCUCAAGCUGAGCCAUGAGCAGCUGCUGGAGGUGAAGGAAAGGAUGAGGAUAGAGAUGGAGAAAGGGCUGGGCAAGGAGACGCACGCGGAGGCGACGGUGAAAAUGCUGCCCACCUACGUGUGCUCCACUCCCGAUGGAACAGAAAAGGGAGAUUUCCUCGCCCUGGACCUGGGAGGAACCAACUUCCGCGUGCUGCUGGUGCGCGUCAGGAACGGGAUGCGGCGCGGGGUGGAAAUGCACAACAAGAUCUACUCCAUCCCUGUGGAGAUCAUGCAGGGCACGGGAGAGGAGCUCUUUGACCACAUUGUCCACUGCAUCUCCGACUUCCUGGAGUACAUGGGGAUGAAGGGCGUGUCGCUCCCACUGGGAUUCACCUUCUCCUUCCCUUGCCAGCAGAACAACCUGGACGAGGGAAUUCUCCUGAAGUGGACGAAAGGUUUCAAGGCGACGGGCUGCGAGGGAGAGGACGUGGUGGGGCUGCUGAAGGAGGCCAUUCACAGGAGAGAGGAAUUUGACCUGGACGUGGUGGCAGUGGUCAAUGACACAGUUGGCACCAUGAUGACCUGUGGGUACGAGGAUCCCUACUGUGAAGUUGGGCUGAUUGUUGGCACGGGCAGCAACGCCUGCUACAUGGAGGAGAUGAGGAACGUGGAGCUGGUGGAAGGGGAUGAGGGCAGGAUGUGUGUCAACAUGGAGUGGGGCGCCUUCGGGGACAGCGGGUGCCUGGAUGACAUUCGGACGGAGUUCGACCUGGCGGUGGAUGAGCUGUCCCUCAACCCUGGCAAGCAGAGGUAUGAGAAGAUGAUCAGUGGGAUGUACCUGGGGGAAAUCGUCCGCAACAUCCUGAUGGACUUCACCAAGAAAGGGCUGCUCUUCCGGGGACGGAUCUCGGAGAGGCUGAAGACCAGAGGGAUCUUUGAGACCAAGUUCCUGUCCCAGAUAGAGAGCGACUGCCUGGCCCUGCUGCAGGUGCGCUCCAUCCUGCAGCACCUGGGGCUGGAGUCCACGUGCGACGACAGCAUCAUUGUCAAGGAGGUGUGCACGGUGGUGGCGCGGCGCGCGGCCCAGCUCUGCGGCGCCGGCAUGGCCGCCGUGGUGGACAAGAUCCGUGAGAACCGCGGCCUGGACUUCCUCAAAAUCACCGUCGGCGUGGACGGGACGCUCUACAAGCUGCACCCUCACUUCUCCACAGUCCUGCAGGAGACAGUGAGGCAGCUGUCCCCCAAGUGUGAAGUGACCUUCCUGCAGUCGGAGGACGGCAGCGGCAAAGGCGCCGCGCUGAUCACGGCCGUGGCCUGCCGCAUCCGCGAGGCCGGGCAGCGGUAGAGGGAAGCAGGUUUGCCCAAGAGCUUGGUUUCAGAACAGGACGUUUCCUCAUCCAGCCCCUCCCUCCCUCUGCACACACCCACACACCCCCUCCCCUCCAAGCAGACUCGUAGCUUUACUUGUUCUCCGAGGCACCACGGUGGGACUGGAGGCGCCGUGGGCUCUGUACCAAGCGUUGUCAUAGGGGUUUCCUUGCAUGCCAUAAAACCAGCUGUCGAGUAAAGCUCACAGCGUCUUUUGGCUUCUCCCUGCACUUCCAGGUGGAGCUGGAGCUGUCCCACCUCCAUCACACCCCAGCUCUCCUCCCACCGCCCCGACCACUGGCCCUCCCCUAGCAGCAGUAGGGAUAACACUCAGAUAAUUCAGACACUGCAUUGUCACUUUAACAGUACCUAUUUAUGUGUGUUGCUGUCCGUGCCGUAGAAGCAAACCUCUAAGAUUGGGCUAAAGACCUCCACUAGUCUUUUACCCUGAUCAAGGCUGUGUUAUUUCCAUGAAAGUCAUGGUAACUCUUAAAGCACAGGGUGCAGAGUUCCAGCGGCGUGGCCGCGGCUGCACUGGAGGUACCGCGUAUCUCCCUUGGCGAGCAGUCCUGGAGAACCUGCUGGAGCCAGGCUGCAGGGGCCCCUCAGCCAGCCCAGCAGAGCACGUGCCUGGAAAUAAUUGGGGACUCAGGGUCUAAUCCCAUUUCCUGACCUCUCACCCGCACCCUGAGCAGUGUGUAGGAACGUGGCACGUGUAGAGUCGUGUUUCACCCCUGGACACCACCACCCCCUUCCCUGGUGCAUGUGUGGGCUCCAGGAGCUGCUGCCACGGGUCAGUGUCUCCCUUGCCAAGCCCCAAACCCGUGGCCGUGUCUGCCCUUGGCGUGGAGGGUCUGGUUUGCUUUGUGUCUGUGAAAUUGUGAAAUAGUUCUGCAGCUGCAGCCUUUAGGUGGCACCUGGAUUUAUACACUGUAUAUUUAUGUUUUAAGAGAUCGGAUGUCUUUUUAUGUACAUAGUCUGGGGGGGGUUGUAUCACUUAGUUUUAACGUCACCUUUUCAUGUCAUUGAAGAAGAGUACAGAGUAAUUAUUUUUUUUUUCUUCUGUCGUGUAAUUUUUUUUUUUUUUUUUUUAAUUUAAAAUUUUCUUGGGGUAGACUGGAAAAAGAGACCCAAAUACCUGAGGACUGUUGUACAAGAGGUUUGGGCAUUCUGACUUUAUCACCAGGACAAAAGGGAAAGCAGAAAGCCAGGGCGUGCAGGAGCAGUGGGGCCCUGCGGUGAUGCUGUCGGCUUCAGGCUGGGUUUAACCUUAGGACAGGUUUUAUUUUGUCCCUUGCCCUCCCCAGCUGUGCUCUGGAAGGUCACAUCCAUGGGGGGAUGACAUAACCCAGGGCCCUGCAGGUCCCCAGGGACCCCUGUGCCCGCAGCAUCACCUUGUGCCAUGGCCCAAUGCAGGGAUCCAUUUUUGCCAACAGAAAACUCUGGAUGAACUAAAAGCUGCAGGUCUCUGCCUCAGUGAGAGGAGGCAGACAGAGGGUGGGGGGGGUUUUCUGUAAAUAUUUAGCAGAAGUUAAUGAAAUUUCAGUGAUGUACAAAAAAAUAUAAUAACUAAUAAACCCCACAAUCAGCCCUUCAGAUUGGAGGAUAGAGUUUUUGUCUAUUUUUAUGUAUAUUUUUAUACUGCUUGGGGUAACCUUAUUACCAAAAGUCUCUCUUCUGUGUUGGGGGUCAAGUUCAGUAGCACAAUUUUAAAGGAAAAUUACUCUUUUGGGCAUUUUAAAUGCUUAUUUUUUUAUAAGCCUCAAGACAAUUAUAACAAAUAAAACCUGUGUAUAGAAAUGAUGUAAGAAACCAAGUUUAGUGGAAGUUUUAGAAGCUGUUAAAUAAAUCUUUGAAGGAUGAUACAGAAAUCCUGUAAUCUGGUACCAAGCAGUUUUGUGUGAUUUUUUUUCCCUCAGAAAACCAGCAUUUUGCCUACUGAAAAAUCAAACCAGAAAUCUUUUUAGCUGCUGCACUGUACAGAGUUACAUUAGUGGCUGUUUUACUCUUAGCCAGCUGUGCCCCGUCUGAAAUCCAUAGUGUUUUCAUCCGUCAGUGAGUGAAACUUUAUACAACAGCAGUUUUGGGGGCAGAAUGGGAAGGAUGGGGAGCUGAGCAGCCCUGCUUUUGAGCAGGGAAAUGACAGGGUGAGAGGGGAACUGGGGAGCUGAGGUACCUGGACUGGAGCAGGGUCACCACAGUCCCCUCACCUGCCUGGUGUGAAGGAGGGGCUGCAGCUCCACAGGGGUGAGGCACCCUUGUGGGUGGUGGUGGAUUUUUGGAUACCCCUCUGGGUCUCCAAGGCUCCCCUAAUAAUGCUGGAAAGCUUUUGCUUAGACUCAGAAUCAAGCAGGGUCUGGAAUGUUUCCAGUUCAAAGCGUUGCAGGACACCUGUGGGUGCAGGUGCACCCUCCCCAGGGCUGCAGGGAGGGGUCUGGGGAGCCCCUGGAGGAGUUUGUGCUCCCCGGGGUACCCAGGGGGACCAGCCCUGCAGGUGUUGGAUGUCCAGCCUGACUGGGACUGGGACCUCACGCCAAAAUGUCGCCAUGGGAUGUUCUGUGAAUGUGUUUAAAAUGAAGAAGGGAAGAUUAAAUCCUAAUUACUGAUAUGAAGGGAAGAUCAAAUGAUUAUCUGUGGGGACAGAGGAACAGACUGGUCAGGCUGAUUUGCCCAGUCUGUGUCUUCCCUGCAGCAAGAAGUGCUGCUUUGUGGGUUUAGGAUGGUUUUGUUUUGCUUGGUUGUUCCCAUCUGGAUGCAUUUUCUUUGCACUCCCAGGGUGCUGGAAUGUUCUCUGGCCACACAGGCACCAGGGAACAGAGUCUCUGCCCUUCCCUCCCUGGCAAAUCUCUCCUCCUUGGUACUUUGGACAGGAUUUUAUUGGGUUUUUAAAAUAUAUGUAGAUCUAUAUAAACACAAUCAGCAAAUUAGUGAGACUCGCAAGCAGAAUUUGCCUCUUCCCUUCCUGGAGUCCAAGGCUGGGAGGGAGAAGCUCGUGCUCAGUGGCCCGAGGGUAUCAGUGGGGCACAGAUCUGUGGCCUGGCAACAGCUUGGGUGCGGUUUGACCCGAGAUAACUCCGUGCCUGCUCUCCCUUAUCAGGCAAUCCAAACCCAUCUGGCUGUCAGAGAGAUAAGGAGGUGAAAGGUCCAAGUGCACGGCAGGGGAGAAGUACAAAACGCUGGCAAAAUGCACCAUUUGUGCAGGGGUUGUGGGGUACAAGGUAACAACACCACCACCUGGACUGUGGGGAGCUCUCGCCAGUCCCCUCCAGACAAGGAAAAUGCCUGCUUUGGGAGAUCAGUCACUUGCUCUGGCACAAAAAUGGGCACUGAAGGCAGAAAGAGGCAAUUCCUGUUCUCAAGGUUAUUUGGAGAGAGGAAAAUUCUUUCCCUUGUGACAUCCCUGACCAGUCCUGACCUUUCUGGCCUGAAGCAAAGAAAAUGCAUCUCGAUGUGGGCGCUGGCUCUGUGCGGGCAGGGGAGUCAUAAAGCCAAAGACUGUGGCUGCUGGCAGAAACGAGUGCUGUAGAUUCACCUGAUGUUGUUCUUUCGUGUUUACAAUAUUUAUUUCUAGCAAUUGACUGCAAUGAUGAUAUAUAUAGGCUUCCUUAUUUUUGUACUUUUCAUACCGUUCUCCUGAGUGUGGUGUUGUACUGCUCAGCUCCCCUCGGCCACCACUGCUGCUCCUCGUCAGUGACAAUAAAGCAGAGAAAAACAACCA